AUGGCUAAUCGGUCAUCGGCCAAUGGAACUGCAAAUCUCGCGAAACUCGCGAGAUGUGCGAGCAGCGUCGGCGACAGUGGGAUCGAUAAAACCAAAGUCGGAUGGACCAGUCCCCGAGAGAUCUGGAGGAACUUGUCGUUGCGAAGAAAAGUCGAGUUGCAAAGUAAACGCGAGCUGUUCUUCAAGUCCGAAUCGGUCAGCAGCGGCGGGGUGAGCGCCUCGGGUUUGCCCAACGCUGCGCCGCCCGCUCCGCCGCUCGCGCCCUCCUCCAUAAAGGACGCCCUCGCGAAGCGCGCGGCGACGCUGCCGGAACCGCAGGAGAAUAACCACGGCGAGCCGAACGGGACGGCCCCGAACAAAUUGAGCAGCAGCGCGUCCGUGGACGCGGGAAAGCCGAACUCGGCGCCUCAGAUGCCCGCGCCGCCGGUGCCCGCGACGGCGCCGCCCGCCGCCCCGUUUAGAAGCACGGAAAACAUCAUAAAGAAACCAGAUCACCCACCGGUCGCACCGAAACCGGAGCUGCCUAAAAUAGAAAAACCCAAGCCCAAAGAACUAGAUGGAUACGUCGGUUUCGCUAACCUGCCCAACCAGGUCUACAGGAAGGCGGUAAAGAAGGGUUUCGAGUUCACGCUAAUGGUCGUCGGUGAAACCGGCUUGGGAAAGUCGACAUUGAUUAAUUCGUUGUUUCUGACGGACGUGUACGAUAAAGACAAACACCCGGGGCCUUCGCUGAGAGUCAAGAAGACGGUCGGCGUGGAGACGAGCGUGGUGCUGCUCAAGGAGAACGGCGUGAACCUCACGUUGACCAUCGUGGACACGCCCGGAUUCGGCGACGCCGUCGAUAACAGUAACUGCUGGCAACCGAUCAUCGACUUCGUGGAAUCCAAGUACGAAGAGUUCCUGAACGCGGAGUCCCGCGUGACGCGGCAGGCGGCGCCGCCGGACACGCGCGUGCACUGCUGCCUGUACUUCGUCGCGCCCAGCGGCCACGGCCUCAAGCCCCUCGACGUGGAGUUCAUGCAGCGGCUGGGCGACAAGGUCAACAUCAUUCCGGUCGUCGCCAAGGCGGACACUAUGACUCCGGAAGAAUGCAAAGAUUUCAAAGAGCAAAUAAUGAAGGAGAUAGGCCAACACAAGAUUAAAAUCUACGACUUCCCCGAUAGUUCGGGAGAGGAGGGCGACGCGGCCGAAGCUACGAAGGCUCUCAGGAGCAGAGUUCCUUUCGCCGUGGUCGGGGCCAACACCGUGAUCGAGCAGGACGGUAGACGAAUCCGGGGACGGAAGUACCCGUGGGGCAUUGCGGAAGUCGAGAAUCUGGAGCAUUGCGACUUUCUGGCGCUACGCAACAUGGUGAUACGGACGCACCUGCAGGACUUGAAGGACGUCACGAGUUCGGUCCACUACGAGAACUACAGGUGCCGCAAACUGGCGGGGCUGUCGCACGACGGGAAGCCGCACAGGAUCAACUCCAACAAGAACCCGUUGGCUCAAAUGGAAGAGGAGAAGAGAGAGCACGACCUGAACAUGAAAAAAAUGGAAAGUGAAAUGGAACAGGUGUUCGAGUCCAAAGUCCGCGAAAAGCGUGCUAAGUUGAAGGAGUCGGAAGCCGAGUUAGCCCGACGGCACGAGGCGACGCGGCGCGCUCUCGAAGCCCAGGCCCGGGAGCUGGAGGAGAGGCAACGCGCUCUGCAGGCGGAGCAAUCCGCUUGGGAGAGGGAGACCGGCCUCUCGCUGGACGACCUGCGCCGCCGAUCGCUCGAAGCCAACAGCAAGGAGACGAUGGACGGCAAGGACAAGAAGGACAAGAAAAAGAAAGGCCUGUUCUAA